GAGCCAAUGCUGGGGUCCGUCCGGCGUACCGGGGCCCUCCACGGAGCCGCGUUGGACAACCUCAGGUCGAGGUCGCCAAGGUUCAGCCGUGCCACUUGGGUCACACGCUUCAUCUCCAGCUGUCUGCUGCCAGAGUUUUGGUCAGUGGUCGUGCAGUCCAAGGGGCUGGAUGGCAUGCUGGACCCAAGCUCAGCUCAGCGUCCGGACCCAAUAACAGUUUUACCAAGGGAGCAGCUUUCUAUCCUGGCCACACUGAGGUGCAUAGCGUAAUGUCCAUGUUGUUCUACACUCUGAUCACAGCUUUUCUGAUCGGCAUACAGGCAGAACCACACUCAGAGAGCAAUGUCCCUGCAGGACACACCAUCCCCCAAGCCCACUGGACUAAACUUCAGCAUUCCCUUGACACGGCCCUUCGCAGAGUCCGCAGCGCCCCGGCAGUGGCGAUAGCUGCACGAGUGGCAGGGCAGACCCGCAACAUUACUGUGGACCCCAAGCUGUUUAAAAAGCGGCGACUCCGUUCACCCCGUGUGCUGUUUAGCACCCAGCCCCCACCUGAAGCUGCAGACACUCAGGAUCUGGACUUUGAGGUCGGUGGUGCUGCCCCCUUCAACAGGACUCACAGGAGCAAGCGGUCAUCGUCCCACCCCAUCUUCCACAGGGGCGAGUUCUCGGUGUGUGACAGUGUCAGCGUGUGGGUUGGGGAUAAGACCACCGCCACAGACAUCAAGGGCAAGGAGGUGAUGGUGUUGGGAGAAGUGAACAUUAACAACAGUGUAUUCAAACAGUACUUUUUUGAGACCAAGUGCCGGGACCCAAAUCCCGUUGACAGCGGGUGCCGGGGCAUUGACUCAAAGCAUUGGAACUCAUAUUGUACCACGACUCACACCUUUGUCAAGGCGCUGACCAUGGAUGGCAAGCAGGCUGCCUGGCGAUUUAUCCGGAUCGACACGGCCUGUGUGUGUGUGCUCAGCAGGAAGGCUGUGAGAAGAGCCUGACCUGCUGACACACUCCCUCCCCUGCCCCUUCCACAGUCUCCUGGGCCCCUCCCUACCUCAACCUGUAAAUUAUUUUAAAUUAUAAGGACUGCAUGGUAAUUUAUAGUUUAUACAGUUUUAAAGAAUCAUUAUUUAUUAAAUUUUUGGAAGCA